AGAUAUUCGUCCCCGAUUCUGCUCAAGUCGCGUCGUUCUAAAUCGCCAUCGUCGCAGAUCACAAGUCAUUCUCGUCCGCACCUCGGGCAAUCGCGCUGCGCACGUGAUCGAGCGCACGACACGUCGAACGGGUGGGUGACAUGCCCGUACCGUUACACGAGGCUAUCUCUGUCUUUCCCUCUCGCUUUUUUGACCGCCACGCAUUUGACAGAUGACUGAAAAGACCAGGCUGGAGAUCAACGUCAGGCGACUUCUGACGCGCUGCGAGCUGAUAGCGAAGGAUGAUCCGCACAACUGGAAGCUGGAGAAGUACAUACAUUCUCUAGACGACAUGAUGAACAUGCUGCAAGCUCUGCCAAGCAAACCAACCAAGGAUACUAUAACAGGCUACGCUAAACGGAUAGAGUUUCUAAAGGGAGUAAUAAACGCGAUGAAGCUGUCGAACCCGGUGGAGAGGGUGGUCGCCGCGCAAUUGUUGUCGAAGAACUCGGUGUCUACCAAUAAUUCCAGUACAAGCAUCACGACGCAGAUACACCAGAAGACGGUCGCCAAGUACAAUCGGGAAUUACGGGCGGAAUUGUUCCACAGCAACAAAGACGCGGGUAAGGACGGUGUGCGACAGAGAUUGUCGAGCUCCAAUAUCCAGGACGACGAUCUGGACGCUAUCCUGAAGUACAAUCGUAACAUCCAGGAGAAGAUCGCCGAGAAUAUGCUCUCCAUGACCAGCACCAUGAAGGAGCACGCCCUGGCGGCGAGCGCUAUCAUAAAGAAGGACGUCGGCAUGCUGGAAAUGUCCAACAAGCUGAUCGACGUGAAUGCUGUUAAAUUGAAGAAGGAGUCCCUCAAGUUGGAAGAGCACACCAACUCAAAGGGGAUGUGGUGGUUUUGGUUAAUGAUAGUCUUCGUUCUGGCUGUAUUUUUCGGCAUGGUGUUAUUUAUAAAGAUGACGACAAAAAGAAUUAGAUAAUCUUUACGUCGGGGCGUGUCGACCGCACACACUGCCGCGGUGUGUGUAGCUGCGCGCUACUGUCAGUCCGCCUACGUGAGUCAUUGGAUUGGUGUUAUGAUGAUAGAAUAACACAGCCAUGAGUGUGCUUGUGAAACCACCUGUGCCACCUAAAACCACUUGGAAACCCGGUAAAUAUACCACGAAAUCGCGCCGUGGCGUCGGGCGUGGACAAUGCGUAACUCGUGGUCCGGUUAGGCAAUUUGUUAACGUUAUCUGAUUAAUUAUUGUAUAAUUCCUGUGGCACUCCUAGUUUCUAUUGGGUGAUUGUGAUAAAGGACUUUUAUACAUAUGUACUUAUGGAUCUCCGUGUAUAUGUACUGACCAUGUAUCGUACAGAUCGCUCAUUUAUGUUAUAGCAAUUAUAUUCAUGUCAUUUUUCUUACGGAUUCAAUAAAAUUCUACUAUAUACGAA